GGAGCGGCGAGCAGGGGUGUCAUGCAUCACCAGCGGGUGCUGAUCAACAUCUCCGGGCUGCGCUUUGAAACACAGCUAGGCACCCUCAACCAGUUCCCUGACACGCUUCUGGGUGAUCCGGAUAAGCGCAUGCACUACUUUGACCCGCUUCGCAAUGAGUAUUUCUUUGACCGGAACCGGCCCAGCUUUGAUGGAAUCCUUUACUUCUACCAGUCUGGGGGCAAGCUCCGACGGCCUGUCAAUGUCUCCAUUGAUGUCUUUGCUGACGAGAUCCGCUUCUACCAGCUGGGCGAGGAGGCCAUGGAACGGUUUCGGGAGGACGAGGGCUUCAUCAAGGAGAAGGAGAAGCCCCUGCCCCGCAAUGAGUUCCAGCGCCAGGUCUGGCUCAUCUUUGAGUACCCUGAGAGCUCCAGCUCAGCCCGGGCCAUUGCCAUCGUCUCUGUGCUGGUGAUCCUCAUUUCCAUCAUCACCUUCUGUCUGGAGACCCUGCCUGAAUUCAGAGAUGAGAGGGAGAUGCCCAUGCCACUGCCUCCACAAAACGGAGACUUGAAUGGCACAAUCAGGGACUCUCCACCCAUGCAGUCAUCCAGCAGUCUCUCUGACCCCUUCUUCAUCAUUGAGACUACCUGCGUGAUCUGGUUUACCUUUGAACUACUCGUUCGCUUCUUCGCCUGCCCCAGCAAGCCUGAGUUUUCCCGCAAUAUCAUGAACAUCAUUGACAUUGUGGCAAUCAUCCCCUACUUCAUCACCCUGGGCACUGAGCUUGCACAUGAGCAGCAGCAACCUGGGACUAGCAGUAGCAAUGGAGGCAGUGGCCAGCAGCAAGCCAUGUCUUUGGCCAUUCUCAGAGUCAUCCGUCUUGUCAGAGUCUUCAGGAUCUUCAAGCUCUCCAGGCACUCCAAGGGGCUGCAGAUCUUGGGACAGACUUUGAAAGCCAGCAUGAGGGAGCUGGGCCUCCUCAUCUUCUUCCUCUUCAUUGGGGUGAUUCUGUUUUCCAGCGCUGUCUAUUUUGCUGAGGCCGAUGACCCUGAGUCUCAUUUCUCCAGCAUCCCUGAUGCUUUUUGGUGGGCAGUAGUGACCAUGACCACUGUGGGCUAUGGGGACAUGCGACCUGUCACUGUGGGGGGCAAGAUUGUAGGUUCUUUGUGUGCCAUCGCUGGCGUGCUCACCAUCGCCCUGCCUGUCCCUGUCAUUGUAUCCAACUUCAACUACUUCUACCACCGUGAAACUGAUCAUGAAGAGCAAGCUAUUCUCAAAGAUGAACACAACAGUGCUCAGGGUAGCACAGCUGGGGGAGAUGCAAAAAGAAGAUCCAGUAAAAACUCAUUGAACAAAUCUGUUAUGCACUUGGAAAACAGUGAGGGGUUCAACAACGGUACCAAUUCUUUAGAGAAAACCAGUAUCAAAGCUAAAAGUAAUGUGAAUCUCAGAAAAUCUCUCUAUACUCUCUGUCUGGACACCAGUAGGGAAACAAAGCUGUAAGGAAAGGAGAGUGAGUUGAGAGAUGCAGAAGGAUUUCCUGGUGUCAAACCUU